UUUAACAAGUUCAGUCUCUCUACACUCCAUCACAAUAGGUGGCGAUAUGCACAUAUAAAGUUGGUUCGCAACCCGCCAUAAAACCCAAAGAAGAAGAUGAUGAACCGAACACAGGGAGCAGAGCAGGAAAAUAAAGCCACACACGCUUUGAUAAUGAUGGAAGUGAAAGAGGAACAUCAGGAACUUGAAGAGGAGGAGAUACAAGAAGAACCUCAUGAUGUCAUCACUGAAGAAAAAUCUUCUGAUUGUUUAGAAACAUCAACUAAGAAAAGAGAAACCCCAAAUUUUGUCAUUUUACGGCAGAGUGGAGAGAGUUCAACAAAUAAAGGACAUCAUUGCAAUAACAAUAAAGAGAGAAGUCACACGUGCCAGCAGUGUGGAAAGAGUUUUACAUGUACAGGUGCUCUUAAUAGACAUUUAAAGAUUCACUCUGAAGAGAGGCCGUACAAAUGCAGUCAGUGUGGAAUGAGUUUUACACAUUUAAGUCACUAUAAGGGGCAUUUAAGAACUCACACUGGAGAAAAGCCAUUUAUCUGUCUUCAGUGUGGAAAGAGUUUCAGACAAAAAUGGUCCCUUAGGGUUCACGAACGAAUUCACACUGGAGAGAAGCCUUACAUCUGCCCUCAAUGUGGAAUGAGUUUUUCAGUGAGAAGACAUCUUACUAGUCACAUAACAUUACACACUGGAGUAAAACCUUACAUCUGCCCUCAAUGUGGAAAGGGUUUUACACAGAAAGUAACCCUUAAGUUUCAUGAACGAAUUCACACUGGAGAGAAGCCGUACACCUGCCCUCAAUGUGAAAAGAGUUUCACUAUGAGAAGACAUCUUAAGACACACAUUACAUUACACACAGGGGUGAAACCAUACACCUGUCCUCAGUGUGGAAAGAGUUUUACAGAGAAAGCACAUCUUAAGAGCCACAUAACCAUUCACACCGGUGACAGACCUUUUACUUGUCCUCAUUGUGGAAAGGGUUUCAUACGAAAAGGAUUCCUGGAAGAUCACUUGAGAAUUCAUACAGGAGAGAAACCUUUCAAGUGUACUCGGUGUGAAAAGUGUUUCACACAUGCAUCCACUCUCAGACUCCAUGAGCGCACCCAUAAUGAAGAAAACGUAUUUAACUGUAAUGAGUGUGGAAAAACAUUUGUUUCUGCAUUUAUCUUAAAAAGACACUUAAAAAUUCACGUCAAUGAAAAAACAUCAGAUAAAACAUACUGAUGAGAAAACCCAUGUUUGAGAGAACUUUUUUGACAACUGAAGCCUUGAAAAAGCACCAAAGAGUUCAUACUGGGAAAAAAACAUACAUGUAUUAACAUUGUGGUAAAAAGUUCUUCUAUGCAUGUAACUGGCAAAGUCACAAGAGAAUCCAUACUGGAGAGAAGCUAUAUCACUGCCCUCAAUGUGGAAAGAGUUUCUACUCACCCAGUUGUCUAAAAAAAUCAUAUUGCUAAAAGUCACCAAACUUAUUGUCAGGUUCAAAAUUCUUAACUAAGCAACAAUGCUACAGACUGAAUUUGAAUAAAAUGUUUCUCUUUUGUUCUCAUUGUGAGGUAUAAAUAUUCAUUCUUACUUUACUCGCUCUGAAAUCAUAUAUGAAUAUGAAAAGUGAAAUAUUUUGACAUUAUGCCAUCCUUACGGAUUAUUGAAGGUCUGAAAAGCAAAUACAUCCAUUUCAAAGGUAACCCCUUCAGUAGGUUAAUAAACUUUCAUUCGUGUUCAUCAGAACAAAGAAUAUAUUUUGAGGAAUGUUGGUAAUCAAACUGUUCAUGAGCCCCAUUCACUUCCAUAGUAGUAUUUUUUCUAUAGAUGGAAUUCAGUCAGGUGACCUUUUACGUCAUGCCGCCAUCUUGAGGACCUACCGAGUACCAAUAGGCUACUGACAAGCAUUGGCUAGCUUGCUACGAUUUACGGAUUUCUUAUCUUUUACUGUCUAUGAUUCUUACCGAUACAGUACAUUGCUACGAAAGACAACAUGUCGCACCUCGACUUUCAUGAAAAGAAACGCUACUUUAAAAAAUAUAUAUAUCUUGGUUAGGGUGUGAUGCCUACUUGUUCCCUGAUGCGUUCGUCCAGCCGCUGUUCGCUGCUACCAAACUACCACUAUUUUACAACAUAAGAAGGCACGACUCAACAUGAAACUUUGCUCGAAGUAUCACCUGGAUCUCUACACAUGAACGUGAGCAUUGAGAACAUUGUUUGUUUACACAGAGUUUACUAAAAAGAAAGGUUUUGUACAACUGACUUUGGCUGUUAUGGUGUCCGCAUGUCAUCUCUGCCAGGCGUAAAUAAUCGAUUUCCGAAUGCGAAUGAAUGAAUCUCAUAUGAGGCUCCUUUUUCAACUUAAAGGUCAAUAUUGUUUGUCACUUGCAACAAAACAACAAAUUAUCCGUGCAUAUGGAACUAUGCUUUAGGAGCUAUCCAUCUUUACUCUCCUCCCUCCUUAUGUCACAUUCGGAGAUUGAUACAUCUCGACUGGGAAGAUGACAGCGAGCGGAAGCCAAAUCAACCAAAGGCAGUUGUUCAAAACCUUCUUUUUAGUGAACUCUUUGUAAAAAAACAAUUUUCUCAAUGCUCGAGUUCACGUGUAGAGACACAGGUGAUACUUCAAGCAAAGUAUCAUGUUGCGUCGAGCCUUCUUAGUGUUGUAAAAAUAGCGAUUUUGAUGCUCAAAACAUAUUGAAGGCAUAGCUUCUAGUUCUUUUGCGACCACUUCAGGUACUCAAAAUGGCGGAAGACAAGUGAGUGACGUCAGCCGAAACCCAUCUAUAGUACUUGUGCAACUUGUUUUUUUUUUGUUUUGAUUAUUAUUCUUAAAUGAUUGACAUGACAAACAUGCUUAUGACCACAUUAAGUUUAAGCUUAUUUUAAUUUUCCUGUAUGAAAAACUGCAAUCAGUCAUCUUUAACCAGCAGUACUAGAUGUGAUCUACAAUAAGAAAAUAUUACUUGUGAAAGAAGUUCCCUUUCAACUCAUCUCCAAUUUUAGUUUUGUCUUUAGAUUGUCAAGUACAAUGUUAUGCAUGAAAUGUUUGCAUAGUAAUUUGUAUCUAAUUUCGAAUCUUGUAAACACUUUACAAAGAUGUUACCCUGUCCCUUUUUUGCAUUAAUAAAUUAACUGUAUGCCCAUGUGACAAAAAUGCCAAUAACUAAUAAAUUUUUUCCACAUA